UAAGGGUGCGCUUGUGUUUGGGUCGUGAGAUGCCGGCGGGAACCACCGAGCCCUGAACGUCAACAACUGGGGCCCCAACAGACGGCCGCCGUUCUCUCGACGGUAACUUGUCGGAAGACAUGCUGUCGGCUUCAAUUCUUCGUGAACCGGUGUUUAUGGUUCGUCUGUACUCUGUGUUUGGGUAGCAGCAAUCGGGACCUGCUAGGAUCAAAAGCUUGACUCGUGGAGAGGUUUGUGAGGUAGGUAGAGAUAAGUGGUGGUAAAUGGUGCAACGAAGCGAAGAGGAGGAAUUAAAGCACCAGUUCAAGUGGGUGGAUGGUCAAGGUGAAGGAUGGAUGGACGAUGUCGAAGCGCGGCCGAGCACCCUGCCCCCUCGUGCCUGCCCAAACUUAGCAACAGGCAGACACUGCAAUCAGUCUGGACUGGCAUCCUCCGAUCAGGUGCUACCAACCUCCACUCCCACCUCUCUCUUUUUCCCAUGCAGAUAUCCAUCUCACCAGGAUCCUGCGCCCGUUCUCGGUCAGUUGGCGAUGACAAGCUUGGAGCUCGAUCCUGUCUUUUAGCGAAGCUCCCCUCAUGCAUGCAUGCAUAUGCAUGCAAUUUGACGGCCAAUCACGACAGACAGGCAAACCGAGCUUCUUCAAGGAGAGAGAUUCGAAUACUUCUCGCUGGAGGAACACGACGGAGUUGUUCUUCGCGCCGAGCUCAUCGUCGCCCUGCCAUGUACCCGGAAGCUCCCGCAGUGACUUCAAUUACACGGUUGACGGCUUCCAGCUCGGUUGGUUCUCGGAUCCAACCGCAGGGGUGCUGCAGCGCCGUUGUCAGACGAUACGAUGCGUCUUCUGCCGGACGCAGUUGCCCCCCCGGCCGCUUUCACCGCAGCAGCCACAUGCGUUCGCAUCGCAGGUUCAUCGCCCAAUGCGGACUUAGCAUACGCUCCAGAAGCGGCGUAUAUAUAUACACACAAAAUCCCCGUCCAUCUCCUGGGAGGCGAAGCCUGUUUGCGGCGUCUGAAGUGCCGCUAAAUUCUGCGGCACGGUGCCGAAGGGCAAAGAAAAUGAGGACUGAUGGAUGGUCCUGCCCGAGUCCGGGUCGAGGAUCGUGGAACUAGUGGAGGCGUAAGAAGGGCCUGGGCUCUUUGAUAACCCGCUAGGGGUGGAACCCUUGGAUUGGCACCUUGCCCCGCCCUCCCCGGCAGCCCUGCCCCCCCACCGGACUGACAUCAUUGUAGAUGCCGCCUUCUCACCAGGAAACACAGUACCUAGGUAGGUGAGCUCGUAUCAU